AUGCAAGCAGCCGUUGUAACAGCUUUUGAAAAGCCACUUGAAAUCAAACAAGUAGAAAUUCCAAAACCUGGACCAACUGAUGUUUUAAUUAAAAUGAUUGCUUGUGGUGUUUGUCAUACAGAUUUACAUGUUGCUCGCGGACAAUGGGAUGUUAAACCUGAAUUACCACGUAUUCCUGGUCAUGAAGGUAUUGGUGAAAUAGUUGAAAUAGGUUCAAUGGUUGGUAAUCACUUAAAAAAGGGUGAUAUUGUUGGUAUUCCUUGGUUACAUGCAAGUUGUCUUCAUUGUGAAUAUUGUUUAACUGGACGUGAAACACUUUGUAAACAACAAAUUAAUUCUGGUUAUUCAGUUAAUGGUUGUUUUAGUGAAUAUGCUCUUAUGGAUGGUCAUUUUGCUGUUAAAUUACCGGAAGGUAUGGAUCCAUAUACAUCGGCACCUCUCUAUUGUGCUGGUGUAACUGUUUAUAAAGCAUUAAAAGUAUCUCAAGUUCGACCCGGUGAAUGGGUAUCAAUUGUUGGCGUUGGUGGUCUUGGAUCAGUUGCUGUUAAAUACGCUGUUGCUAUGGGUAUGCGUGUAGUUACUGUUGUUGCUCCAAAUGAUAAAACUGCUGUACAAUUAUCAAAAGAUAUGGGAGCUGAAGAAGUUUAUGAUGGUCCAUCUGAUCAACAUGGUAAAUGGAUACAAGAAAAAGUUGGUGGUGUUCAAGGAUCUGUUGUUACUGUACCAAUAGUUGCUGCAUUUGAACAAGCAUUUCAAUCAGUUAAACGUGGUGGUCGUGUUGUAGCUGUUGCUUUACCAAAUGGUAAAAUGACUAUACCAAUUGUUGAUUGUGUUCUUGGUGGUAUUGAAAUAGUUGGUUCAAUUGUUGGUACACGUAAAGAUUUACAAGAAUGUUUAGAAAUAGCUAAACUCCAUAAAAUUGAAUGUAGAGUACAAAAACGAAAAUUACAAGAUAUCAAUGAUAUUUUUGAAGAUAUGAUUAAUUAUAGAAUUAGUGGCCGAGUAGUUCUUGAUUUUACCGCUAAAUGA